AUGGAUUCUUCAGAAUCUCAAAGUGAAUUCAUAGCUCUGAUAAAUGAUUUUACUCGUGGUACCAUUCAAAUUGGAGAGUUAUAUUCAUACAUGAGAGACAAAAGUAUAAACCCUUCUCAGCAUACAGGAAAAGAUGGCUACACAGCACUUCAUAUAUGUGCACUUAACAGCAUGACCUCAUUAGUAAAAUUUUUGAUUCGAUAUGUCCAUGAAUUUUUCCCUGAACAAUCAGAUAAUAUACUGUCUCUAGCUAGAUUAAAAUUAUAAUAAGGCUUAAUUUAUAUAUCAUUUUAAAUAUUUUUCUGUAUUAAAUACAUUUAUACCAGAAUAUAAUAAAAACCUGAAUAAACCAGCCUUCGACUGAAGGGUUCACAUGUAUCCAAUUAGCAGCUUUUAGAGGAAACACGGUAAAGCUUAUAUAGAAAUUAGUAAAAUUCUUACUGAGGUUCGGUGCAAACACAAAAACCCUCACAAGCCAAGGGAUGAAUGUUAUGCAUGUAGCAGCUCAAGGCGACCAAAUGAAUAUGUUAGUACUAUUUGGAAGCAUGGGAAUUAAUUAUAAUUUGAGAGACAAAAAAGGAUCGACCCCUUUGCAUUUAGCAGCAAAUCAAGGAUGCGAAGUGGCUCUGUCAGUUUUAUUGUCCUGAAGUGCUGAAGUAAAUGUAGCUGAUGAUGAAGGACAAACUCCUCUUCAUUUAGCAACUAUAUCUGGAAAUGCGAGAUGCGUUAGUUAAGUUAGCCCUAUAGGUCUUUGCCUCGUCUUGUCUCUAAGGAAAAGCAGUCACUAUUUACAUUGGAAUUUCUCUAAGGAAAAGCAGUCACUAUUUACAUUGGAAUUUAAAUGAGUAAUUUAAAAUUUUCGACCUGAAGUACCUAAUGAAGGUAUUAGUAGCCAAGACAGACUCAUACCUAGAUUAUGCCUUGAUGGUCUUUGAAGGAAGGCCAUAUGUAGCAAGUUGUCUAGUCCAUCUGACAGGGAAAGAAAUAAAGCUUACUUCUUCGGCAGCAUCCCCAAGUCUGGGGACCUACUUCGAAAGCGAUUUUCAGCUUCAUUGUGACGAGUCCUAAGGAGUGUGUCUUGGAGUCCCAUCUUCCAACGUAAUAAUUUUAUUUCUUUGAGAUGCGUUAGGAAUUUACUAUUAAAAGGUGCAAAUCCAAAUUUAAAGAAUAAAAAGGGUCAAAUACCUAUAAUGAUUGCAAAAGAGCUUAAUCAUGGGACCAUUAUUUCUCUUUUAAAAGAGCCAGGGCUACUAUCGAUUUGUGGAAUAAGACCACCGCAAAGGCCAGUUAAAUAUAGAAGAGCCCUUUUAUGAAUAUUUUUUGGACUUUUAGUGUUUGGAGCUGCUGGGAAUAUUGUAUUUAUUUGUAAAAGCAAUUAUUAUAUGGUGAUUUCUGGGAUGGAAUUUAUAUUUCUGUUAAUUAUUUGAAUUAAAAAUCCUGGAUACCUUAAAAACACUAACUGCCCCCCCCUCCGUGAGUGAGCAAAACCAUUAGAAAAUCCCUAUUUUUUUACCCAAAAACCCACCCUCCGUGAGUUAACAAAAAUAUUUUAAUAGAAAAAAUUUGAUAUAUAAGUGAUAAUUAUUAUAGUGAAAUCUAGAGCUAAUUCUGUUUAAUUUUAAACAAAUUGCUUUUUAAAACAUAAAUUUUACAAAUUAAAUUAAUAUUUGCUUUCCAGUUUUUGCGAAUUAGGAUUUUUUUAAAUUUCGAAAAAAAAAAUAUUUUCUAUAAAAUUUAUAUAUAAAUUUUUUUAAAAAAAAAAUUAACCCCCUCCGUGAGUGAACAAAAUUUUUUUUGUUCACUCACGGAGGGGGGGAGUAAAGAAAAUUCCCUGCUAGCUUUAUGCGAAGACUAUGAAAAUUACCAGAUUUGUGUAGAGUGCGUAAUUAAAAGGCCUCCAAGAUUUUUCAAAAAAAAUUAUUUUACUAUAAUAAAUUAUUUUAAAAAAAAUAAAAAAAUUUCCUCCAAGAUCAAGACACUGUCUUAAUUGUGGUGUUUGCGUAGAAAAAUUUGAUCACCAUUGCCCUUGGAUUAACAACUGCAUUGGUGCUCGCAAUCUUGGGCUUUUUUAUUUAUUUCUUGUCAUGACUUUAAUUGUUCUCACUUCUAAUGCAAUUUUAGAUAUUUACUCUUUUCUUUCUUCAGAUUAUAUAUUUAUUAUAGAAACUCCAUUACUUUUUCAACAAGUUGUAUCAAUAACUUUAUUAGCAAUUUCUAGUAGCUUUUUAAUACCUGUUUUAUUGCUAUUUAUAGUGCAAACGAGGAAUUUCUGGACAAAUACAACGACAAAUGAGAGAUAUUCAAGAUCUACAAGAAUUGAGCUGACUUUAGACAGACAAGAUUCAGAUUCUAUGGUAAAUAGAAGCAGUGUCCUUACGAAUUGGAAAGAAAUGUGCUGCAAUUCAGAUCAAAAAUUGUUGGCAGGGGUGGCUUAUGAAUUAAAUGAGCCGAUGGAUAAUGAAAUUAGGUUUACAUGGGUUGCCAAAGAGCAUGAAAAAGCAUUGAAAAAGCCUUUACUCGAUAAAUAA